GAACACGUAUUAUAAGGUGAACAGCGUCGAUAGUGACUGCACCGUGGUCAAAUACGGUCUCGCACCAUGGGAGAUGUUGGCGGAGAUGGGAAUCCUCAUCCAGAAGUUUUACGAAAUGAAAAUCCAGCUUUAGUCACCAACGUGUUUUCUACAGGUGUGGAGGUGAUACAGACCUAUGGCUGGUUCCUGCUUGCUGGUGUUCUACUCCUUCUCUACCUGCGGAAAAAGUUCCAGGCAUCAUGGGACAAGAUGCAGAAAUCUCGAGAGGAAGAGAGCUACAAGAAAUACGAUGUAGGUGUGGCUCAGAGCCGCCUUGAGGCCAUGGAACAGUCUCGACAGCGUAUGCAGGAACAGCUCAAUGCCCAGGCAGAAGAAUAUGCAGAGAAACAGAGAAAGAAAGAGGAAGAAAAGAGGAAACAAAAGAUUGAAGAUUGGGAUCGUCACUUAGAAGGAAAGGGCUACAGAUCCAAGUAUAAGCCGAAUGAAGAUGGAGGAGAAGCGUCAGGCUUCCAAGGCAAACCCAAACCCAAGAAGCCUCUACGCCAAACAGAUUACAAUCCCCUGAUGGGAGGAAGCAGCUCUGGAACGUACCGCCCAGCAAGACGAGGCGGCGCAGGCGGGGGCGGAUGAGGUUAAUAAGUGUGAACCUUGAAGUCACGUGACUAGAGAUCACGUGACUCGGUUCACACAUUUUCGGCAAGCAUGUGGUCCACAACAGAAAGUUAACGUGUAGUAGUUAGAUUCAUUCUGAGGUUCUGUCGUUUUGUUUGCUGUAACAUCUAAGGAUAUCUUUGUGUUUAUUCUUAUAGUACUUUGGU